UCUUUAAUCCUUUCAGCUGCUCGUCCACCACACGGUCAAGGUGGAGCUCCGCUGAUUUCUGUUCAGAACUGAAAUGGGAGGAAAAAAUCGAACAACUUUUCAGGGACUGACCGACUAAUGAUGGGAUACUUACUAUGUGGAUUUAUCUCAAUUUUGUCUUACACGGAUACCUUUCAUUUGUUCUUUUAUGGAGAUAAAAGCAAGCUGUCAGUUACAUCAGUGCAUUCGACCAUCUGAAAAUGACAGGUACAGCUGGUGGAUAAAGACCUGAACCAGGCUUUCUUCAUUUGGAGGAUUUCUAGGCACCUUGUUGUGUUUUCACUCUGCGAGUACGUAAAAGAGUCCUAAGGAUUCUGAGAUGGGUUGCUCCCCAUCUAGAGGAAAUCAUUUCCCUGGGGCACACAGCUCUUUCAGGAAAGCAAGGGCUCUUCUGCCCGGCAACCAAGAACACGCAGGUGAGUCACCGUCUGAUGAUGGGACUAGCAGAGGCUCUUCAGCUGCGGGAGAGACAGAUGCAGGGAGAUGUUCUUGGGCCAGUGGGGAGAGGCAAGCAACAGGUCAACAAGAUACCAACGUUGCAUGCUCAGCUGUGAAGACUGUAAAUGAGGGGGGGGGUCGCUUUGACAAACUUGCCCCUCAGGAAAUCGCAGUUAAUAUUUUAUCGCAGAUAAAGGAUAAGCAGGGGGAAAAUUCAGAAUCAGGUGAAAAAAAAGCUGUUAAGAAAACUAAAAAGCCUAUCAAAGGAAUUAAACAGGGUAAAAAAAAAGAGAAAGAGAAAAAGGCUGUCACUGAAGAAAAAGUAGACUUUCCAGAGUUACUGGUGAAAGCCCACCAGGCUGCCUACGGUUACCUUAAUCCCAGUAUAACCAAAUAUGAGGUCUUGCUUGGGCUUUUGGACCAUGCUGCUCAAACUCAAAUUUCUCUGCAGCCCAUGGUGGCCUUCAUGCUCAUGCGCUAUGAAGAGAUCAACAGAGGGCUUGAGGAAAUAGUGGAAGAGGGAGAGAAGCUUCUUAAAGAAAAUGGGGAACAUCUGGCUUGGCCUUGUCCUUUGAAAAACCUCUCAAACACCCCUGCCAGAGCAAACACAUCUUCCUCCACCACAAAACCUCCGCCAGAUUUAUUACAGCAGCUUCUGCAAUACACUAUACAGAGGAUGCAUCUUGUAAGCCAAUCAGUGAGUGGAGUUGGAGAUUCAGCACUGGAAGAGGCCGUGGAUUACUUUACUUCGGUGUCUGACAUACUGGAGGAGAAACUGAAGGUCAAACGUGCAUCUGAGGCUCGUCUCAUGCAACUGUUAGCACGCGUUGAAGCUGCCACGCUUCGAAAACCAGGACCGGAGGACUCUGCGUUGUUCAGUGAAGACAGUGGAAUCGGAGGUGAGAGUGAGUCGUUGGCUGGAUCAGACAGACAUAGACCCCGCCGAGAGAGCGGUGAGUCCACUGGGGCCUACUGCACUUCAGCAAGCAGCCCAAUGGGUAGCAGCUCCACUCCAGUCCAAGAGGGAACUCCAAGGCACAAACUCACACAUAAAACAAAUUCCUGUCUCUCGCUUAACUCCAUAGACUCUUUUUGUAAUUUUGGACAAAGAGGACAAAGAGAGUCUGAAUUUCUUUGUAGCUCUGCCUCAGUAGAUGAUGAUGAAAGAGAGGUGGGGAAAGCGAUAGAUAAUCAUGAAGAAGAAGUAGAAUAUAUUAACAAGAAGUGCCCGAGCUCCUCCCCAUUGCACGCUUGCCAACAACCAUGUCGUUUAGCUUCAAAACGUAUAGAAAAUCCACAGAAUAUAGAGAUGACAUUAAAGAUGAGGGAUGCAAUUAGUGGUCAGAUCAAAUAUGUAUCAUCACAGAAGUCUAGUGCAAAAACAAAGCAGACAGACAGUCCAAAAAUUAGUAGACGACAGUGGAAUGAAGAGGAAUAUACACCAAAGAGGCCCCAAACGCCCACACUAACGAAGAAGAAGACAACAGUGGUCAAACAUCGACGUACUCAUUCUGCUGACUCGAUCCGUAGCAAGGCAGAGGACCAAACACUGCUUGAGUUGGAGAGAACUCAGAAGGACCUGACUCAGAAGCUUGAGAGGAUGAGUAAGGCUGAGGGGAACAUUAGGAACAGUGGUCCUAAACAAGGAAAGGUAAAGACCCAGCCAAGCUCACCAUCAACACCUGUUCGUUUACGUCCUUUGCAGAAGACCCCACAAAGUCCUUCAAAAUCGAAUAAAAAAACAGACCACGGAAACAGUUCAACUACAGAAAAGGAGAAACCGAAGGAGUCAGAUGACAAUUUAAAUAAAAAGAAUGAUCUAGAAGAUAGGAUCCUCUCAAAACCAACUCCUUCGAGCCCAACACUACAAAGGCCAGCUGGGCAGUACAGGGGCAGAAAUUCUGUGAAGAGAUUAAUAGAUACAUUCAGCCAGGGAGUUGAGGAAAUUAAACAGACACCAGAAAAUGUCAAAAUACUUGGCCCUCUGAAGGGAGUGAUGAAGUGUGGUGUUCCCAUCAUACCUGGACUAGGAGGCAUAGACACAAUGCUCACCUUUGGAAAUGAUAACUUUCGAGUAGACUCAAGAGUCUCUAAUAGAACAGAUGAUGUUGACAUUGAUGACCUACCUCCCCCACCUCUUGAGGUACUUAUGGACAACUCUUUUGAAAAUGUCCAAAAAUCCGAAACAGAGGAAGGAGGGUCAGGCAAAGGCCACUCCCCUCUCCUCAAAAGAACUGUGUCCCAGAAGCUACGUGCCUCCAUGCAGUCCGUGAACGUGCUACCCAGUAGAGGCAGUGUGCGACCCGGCUCCCUUAGCAUGCUGCCGCCAUGUGCUGCCUCCCACCAGGAAACUAAGCCUGAGGUAGACUCUGGACAGCAAUCCAUGAAAACUUUGUCCACUUUAGGAAGUGGAGGGACAAAGCAGAGAGACAGUAACACUUCUGAUGCAGUGCCUUCAGCUUCAGGAAGUAACAGUCAGCCAGCUGCAACGACAUCAACAUCCAGAGCCCGAAUGUUGCCCUCUACACCUGUAACUUCCAGCAGCCUUCAACGAAGACUCCCCAGCCCCCCAGUCUUUAAACGGCACCCCACCCCUCCCUCUUCCGCCAGCCCUCCAGUUACUCGCAAACUCCCAACACCACCACCUGUGAGCCAAAGGAGACACUUCAGCCCCAGUGCUACGAGGCAAGAUGGCAGCGGAUGGUCUACCUCCACAUCUCCCUUCAAGGCCCCGUCCCCACCGGCCUCUCCAAAAGUGCAGAGAUGGUCACGGGAAAACAGCAGUGACGACUGCUCAUCCUCAUCACGGGUAUUUAGCAAUGCCCGGUCGGUAUUUUGUCCUGCUUCACCCUCUCUAUUCGAGGCAAAGCCUUGCCCUGUACCGCGACCCCCACAGGCAUGGACCCCCGCCAGUGAAGCUGUUGUUUCCUAUCUCUGGGGGGACCGUGUGAGGCGUGGACCAAAGCCUUUCGUCAGACGUAGCCAAUCAGACCGAAGGCCCAGUCUGAAUUGUCCACCCAGAUCACAAGCUGUCUCUGUUGCAGAAAGCUAUGGGAGUGAGCCAUCCAUUGCUAGUCUUGAGCUGGAAGAUGGUCCAACCAGAGACAUUUAUAGAUGGGACAGCCAGUCAGAACUCACAGGCGCUACACGUUCAGCUUCACAUCCAGACCUGUGCAUUAUAGGUCAUGCCUUGCACCGUGAAUGAGCGGGUUGGUGGAGGAACAAAAUGGAUUAUGGAUUAGCAACCUUCUCUGAGAUUAAGACUUUUUCCACUGGGAAGAGGAGAAUGACUAAUUCUGUGAAAGCCUAUUAAGUAGUGGUAGUCUACCACUUCUUCCCAUUUCACUGUCAUUCUUUAACUGCUGUUUACUGCAAGACCUUGGUUUUCUCACCAUUUUCACCAAAGAAACAAAAGAAAAAGAAAUUAUCCUGCAAAUUAAUCAAAUAUGUGUGAUUUAUAAUUUGAUGCUAUACAUUUUUAGUUUCUUUUGUGAUAUUUUAAUAUUUGACUUUUUACUCUGUUUCUUAAUAAAAGGGUAUAUUGACACA